CAGCCAGUCACCCUAACUAAAACUAUUUGUUAGGUAAGUCCUCGUUUCGUGUCCAAAGACUUAAACAUGCGUUACGUCGCUGCUUACCUGCUCGCCGCCUUGGGAGGAAAUGCCAGUCCAUCAGCUGAUGAAAUCAAGACCAUCCUAUCCAGUGUUGGAGUCGGUGUUGAUGAUGAAAAACUCGCCUUUGUCAUGGCACAACUCGCCGGCAAGAGCAUCGAUGAGGUCGUAGCCAGUGGACUCGGCAAGUUGGCCUCUGUACCAAGUGGUGGUGGUGGUGCUGCUGCCAAAUCUGGUGGCGCUGCUGCUGGUGAUGCCCCUGCAGAGGUUGAGGAGGAGAAGGAGCCAGAACCAGACUCUGAUGAGGAAUCUGAUGAUGACAUGGGAUUCUCUCUCUUUGACUAAAUCAGAUUUACCCCAAUUUUAAGUUAAUUUUUACCCUUAUUUAACAA